UCCGCAACUGGCCAUUUUUGCAGGGGUAAGUGUACGAUACGCUUGAUCAAGGAUAUUCGCACAUUGCGCGAAUGCGAUGUUCAGUCGUUGAACGAUAAUUUUUUCUCAUUGGUUUCGUUUGAUCCAAAUAACAGCAGGCUGGCAUCGAUACAAGGUGAAAUUCGAGUCGGCAGCUCAUAUCAGGCUAAGAUCCCUGCACUGGAGAAAUGCUCGGCAGUGGAUGAGGCCGAUCGUGAUGAGCUGCUCUGGAGGCCCGGCUAUAUCAAUCAGGAAAGCGAAAAUGUGUAA